GCAUGGACAUUGUGGCUAGGUAACCAAGCUCAAUGGAGAGAUUUGGGAUACCCAUUAUUUCUUUGAUCCUUCUUUUGAUUCUUACUAAAAAUUUAAGUUCCAAUGCGUUUGGUGUCAGUAUAGAGAAUGAGGAAGUGCUCGAUGAAGAGCAAAAUUAUAUGGAAAAAUCUAUCUCAAAUCAAGGGAGUGAAAUGAGGGAUAUGGAAGAAGAUGAAUGGCAGAUGGUGCAGAAGAAAGGAAGCCAAUUUGUGGUAAAUGACCAACCUUUCUACAUCAAUGGAUUCAACACCUACUGGCUGAUGGUGUUUGCUGCAGAUGAGUCAACCAGAGGAAAGGUCACUGAAGUGUUCAAACAAGCAUCCUCAGUGGGCAUGACAGUUUGCAGGACUUGGGCCUUCAAUGAUGGCCAGUGGCGCGCCCUGCAGAAAUCCCCAUCAGUUUAUGAUGAAGAAGUCUUCAAGGCCCUGGAUUUUGUGGUGAGUGAAGCAAAGAAGUACAAAAUCAGGUUAAUAUUGUCAUUGGUUAACAACUGGGAAGCAUAUGGUGGCAAAGCACAAUAUGUGAAAUGGGGCAAAGAUGCUGGUCUAGACUUGACUUCUGAUGAUGACUUCUUCUCACAUCCAACUCUUAGAAACUACUACAAGGCCCAUGUUAAGACUGUGCUCAAUAGAGUUAAUACAUACACAAAUAUCACUUAUAAGGAAGACCCUACAAUUUUUGCUUGGGAGUUGAUGAAUGAGCCUCGAUGCUCCUCAGAUUCCACAGGUGAUAAGUUACAGGAUUGGAUACAAGAAAUGGCAUUCCAUGUUAAGAAAAUUGAUCCAAAACACAUGGUGGAGGUUGGAUUGGAAGGAUUUUAUGGCCCUUCAACACCUCAGAGAGUUCAGUUCAAUCCAAAUACUUAUGCUCAACAGGUUGGAACUGAUUUCAUCAGGAACCACCAGGUUCUUGGUGUGGACUUUGCUUCUGUUCACAUAUACGCUGACUCUUGGAUUUCACCACAAAUUGCUGAUACUCAUCUCCCAUUUAUAAAAUCUUGGAUGGAAGCCCACAUUGAGGAUGCUGAAAACUAUCUUGGAAUGCCUGUUGUUUUUUCUGAGUUCGGUGUGUCUUCCAAGGAUUCUGGCUACAAUUCAACAUACAGAGACACAGUAAUCAGCACUGUGUACAGCACCAUCCUGAACUCUACAAAGAAAGGAGGGAGUGGAGCUGGAAGCCUUUUGUGGCAGGUUUUCCCUGAUGGAACAGAUAACAUGGAUGAUGGGUAUGCAGUUGUUUUCUCAAAAUCUCCUUCCACCUCAAGUAUUGUGUCCCUUCAAUCCACUAGGCUUGCUCUAUUCAACUCCUUUUGCUCUUCAAAAUGCAAAUGGAGAUGUAAGAAGAAAAAAAUAGUGGAGAAAAUAAUGUAUCAUGAUGAACUCUAAAAGCUUCUAAUUGUAAAGCAAUGGCCAUUUGAAACCAUGCAUGAAUAAGUGUGUGAUUCAUAUUGAUGUCAGUAGUGUGUUUAAUUUCUAGGGCCAUGCAAGUUUACUGUCUUCACUGUAAAAUUAUAUGCAUACAUUUGAUCAUCAAUUCAUCAUGUUGAUAAAAUAA